CAAAAGUGCUGAACUCAAGUUUAACCACUUUUAGUGUGUUCAGCUUUGGACGUUCCACGGUAUAAGACGUCAAACCGAGCGGAAAACCAUCACCAUCACCAUCAUCAUCAUCAUCAUCAUCAUCAUCAUCAUCAUCAUCACCAUCAUCAUCAUCAUCUAUCCUCUAAAGCCCAAAGAGAACAGCAGACAGCUGUAAAUUUGCGCCACAAAAGUUUUUGUUUGAAAUUAUUUAUAAUAUUGCACCCAAUUCCAUUUAUGGAGACGCACGAAUAAACCUUAGAAAUGGUGAAGAAGUCAAAAUGAAGUGUGGGAGAAUCCUAAUGCGCGGCUAUUGCUUUUCUUCACAGUUGCUGAAUUUAUUUGACCUCGGGGUCUUUUGCGAAAGCGAAUGCAUUCAUAGCUUUAGUCCUGAAUAAUUUUCUAUUUUGGGGAUCCUUGACUUUUGGCUCAUGUACUUAUUUCCUCGCUGAAUUCUUCUCAGAACCUUUGGAGAUAUAAAUAAUCCCACGUUUCUUCAGGAGACAUUUCACCUUAGAAGGAUUGUUCUUUUUGUUCUUUUGUUUUUUUUGGUUUUUUUUCCUGCUAAGUGACCAGGGUUGCUUCUCAUGUAUUGAUGAGCGGUAUUCCAUCCCACGGGAGGGAACAAUUCCCACACGAAUGUGGCUUGCAGUCACAUGACUGGAAUCUGGCAACAUGGGAAAGUUGUUCCUGGUGAUGACUGUCACAUUCACUUAGGAAGACAAAGUCACAAACAGCUGUCAGGCUUUUGGGCUUGAACGAUAACAAUCGCAAAAUGUAUAAUUCUCCUCAAAGCCAUAAAUGUGUUUGGGGUCCAAUGUUUGCAAAUAUUUUACAGCUGAAUUGCUUAUUAUGGCGCUUUGAGCAGACACGGAACAGCGACUUGCUGCUGCUACUCAAGUGAGUUGAGUGGGUUUAAAAACAUCUGAAUCUCUCUUUUCGUCCUUCGUGAGACAUCACCUCCACAGUGGAAGCUUCCAUUUUGACUUCCUGCUGCAUGCUCGUCCAAUAGGAGCGUUCGCCACGCCGUCACCGAUUGGUCACGGGGUGUGUCGGCUGGCAAAAAGACCAGAAGUGCUUGAGUUCUUUUUGGCUAAUUGCACUGAGUGCGUUGGAUUUGACCGAGGUCGUGAUUACGCGAUACAACGACAAGUUUAGCCAUCAAGCUCUCCACAAUAAAAAAAACACAACAACACAAGCAGCAAUGCGCAAUCGCUAAUAUUAAAGACAUGACAAAAUAUUCAACGUAGUAUCUCAACACCUUAAAGAUAUGACAAAGAUGUCAUCUAUACAAGUCUUUCUCAUUUUUUCAUUUCUUUCUAUACGAUUCACAAUUCCAGUGCAGUCUGAAGUUUUGGAAUAAGGUCGAAAGUCCGAAUGAGUUGAGCGUUUCCGUCCCGCGGCGCACUGACAUUCCGAAGAUUUCCUGCUCUGCCCCAAAAGUGCUGGCGUGCGGCGGAAGCUGUGGCUUAACAAGGCCGCCGUCGUCCUCGGUUUACCCGGUUCAUGAUCGUGCGCGGGCCACAGGGCUCGUGUUUAAAUUGCUGGUAUCAAUGCCGCCAUGUAUAAAUACCUUAAUACAUAUAGGAAUUAUUUGAAAGCUGCACAACUAAAGAAGAUCAGAGUCGAAGCUUUUGUGCGCUUGCAUGAAGGAUCGGAGUUGGGCUGCAGCGAAGUUUGUCAGCUCGUCUAAGAAUAGAAUGUUUUAUGUCUCAGUCUUUGCAGGCCUACUUCAGCCUCCGUGUUUUUGUCUUUGGCACCGCACUUGAGCUGAAACUUUGCGUCUGUGCACAACUUUUUGGGGUGUUUGUGGAAGCUUUUUUGUUUGACUGACUCGUAUCAAAUAUCCUACAUGCUAAAAGAUCUAUCUACUCUGACUCUGUCUGUGUAUUAAAAGUCCAAAGCGUAUACACAAUUCUUGUCUGAAGUGGCAAGAGUGAGUUUUCAUGAUUUGCGUUGCGAUACUUCGUUCGAUCUUUGUAAAACGGUGCUGGACUACAGUGGCGACGACCUGGCAUGAAUCGAAAAGGAUCAGAUGUAUUCCAGAAGAUUUGGAUUUCGUCUCCUUUCUAAUGUAUUAUUAUUAUAUUUGUAUAUGCAUCUUAAGCAUUUCCAUCUUUUUGCCAUCGGAUAUCAUUUACAAAUAUGAAUUGAAAAGCAAUGAUCUGAUGCAAAACUAAAACCAGGAUGAAAAAUUGGAUCGAUCGACACGGUUUUCAUGAAGCGUGUUCAAAUAGCGGUCGUAGCGGGUGCGAAUUGCGACCCCCACGACAUCGUGCUGAGAGGCGCCUCCAUUUGUGUGUUUCAUUUCUCCACCUUAUUCAGCAAAAUGAGACGAGUACCUAAUGAAGCCUCCACUCUGCACACGAUCGUUUCACGCAGGCUUCUGCUCAACGUCUUGACCACGCUGCGAGCGUGACUUGGCGUUCUCGGGAGCGCCGCACGCAGGUUUGCUUUCUGAGAAGCGCGCCCACCCGCCACCGUGUCUCCGCUCGGGCUCUCGAAUGUCGGCCUUUGGUGCUCCGUCGAGGUUCAAGCCUCGCCUGCCUGCAGAAAUGCUUAGCAGCUGCAAGGCAAACUCAUGUUCACCUUCCUUGAGGGAAAACAAACUCCAAGAGCGCUCGGGGCGAAACCAUCCUAAAGAUGUCAUCGUACAUCGUACAUCGUAUAAUGAGCAAGAUUGCCAAUGGUAAUGGUCAAUCUGAAGAAUUCCUUGUAUUUACUCUCGCGAUCGCAGGCGGAGUUCAAGAGGUAAAGCGGAUCCGUCUCCAUCUCCCUCACCAUAAUUCGCUUACGAAUACGUAACCGUCAUUCCGACUCAACUGAACUUUGUCCGCUCGGGUCGGAAACACCGUCGCGUUUCGCAUCCAUCUCGGUGCACAAAAAGGAGCACGUUGCGCAAGUCAAUCUAAUAAGAGUCGCAAUGAACGAGGACGAGAAGGCGGCGCCCUCGUCGCUCUGAGGUGACAUCUGUGCCUUGUUUAGCGGCUGCCACCUCCCGCUCCCGCUCGACCUGUUGUGUCACCGAGCGGCUAUAUUUCAGAAUAAAAGUGGGCGCAUUAGCGGCAUUCAGGGGCGCAGACGUUUCCUACAAAUCAGCUUUCCCUUGCACACAACCCAUUUGCGGCAAUGUACCCAAUUAGCUUUGUGGCGCACAUCCUGCUGGUGCCUCGCAAGCUUCCCCCGCCAGCUUAUUUCUUUCGGUCCAAAUUUAUUAGCCUCCUGCGGGGUAUUCUUUGGAAAAGGCCAUCUCUUUUUUUCUGACUCACAAUUCAUAGAAGGACUUUAGCAAACAUAUUACCGCGAUUCAUUUGUCAGAAUGGUUAGAAGCAUCGUUGUCCGAGCAAGUCGGGUUCAAAACAGCAAAAUGAAAAUAAAAAAAUACAUCGAGCGUUGCUAGCGUUCAUGCUAGCCAUUGCUGGAAUCGAACAAAUCAAAACCCAGUCUUGGCGCGCUUCUCACUUUUGACUUUCUGCCGUAAACAAAACAUGUGAGAGACGGAGGAGGAGAAAUGCUGGAAACAGGCGGCGGAAACUACUUUUGUCUUGGACGCUUUCCAGAUGAAAUCUUGGCUCAUGUCAGAUGGGAAAUGGAGUGACUAUUUGGGAAUUCCUCUGUACUUCCCACUCUUCCAGAAACAAGUUCGCAGCAAUUCAUUCAAAUCUUUCUCGCAAGACAGCGACAGGAAGUGGUGACUGUCCCCGGAGUAGCGAGAUAAAGAUUUUGACACGACUGCUUUUAGCAGGCGUUUCAACCCUGUAGAGCGAUAAGAGUCGUAUAAGAGUCAUAGUGGAAUGAAUUAUCAACAGAAAUAUCAACUCGGUGAGUCCUGCGCGUCCGCUGGCUUCGAGGUUUGUACUGGAAUAAGAACUCGGUUCUUGGACUGAACUAAUACAAGCUGGCUGUAUUUGGGCAAAUCACAACGAGCAAAUUAAAUCUGCCCGCAGAUUUUUACGACAGGACUCGGAAUAAUCUGAGCGCUCUGGACAGUGCUUACCAUCAUAAUGUAGAUUUCGCUAGAUUUCAUUUUCUGUUUAGUAGCUGACGGCAUUCAUAAAAAGGUGAAAGGUGGGCGGAAACGAUGCUCAUCCCGCAGGACCAAAUGAAGAGCCUGGUUGCAUCAUCGUUGAUAACUACUGUGAGCAGUCGUGAACAUGAUCAGUCUUUUCACAUAGAUGGAUUAUUACAAUCACAUCAUUUGAGCAAAUUUGCCAUGAAAGCGGUUGCCCUUCCCAUUCGUCAGUCGCCGACAAAAAGCUCGGUGACCCCCGAUCUGAAGAUGUUCACAAUCAAUAUUUUGCAAUACAAGUUCCGUAUGUUCGACUGCGCGGAGACGCCGACCAUUAAAUGUAUUAACGUGUGCCGAUCGCUGAAAAGCGAUUGGAUGACAAAACAUUUUCUCCCCGCGCCUGUGUGGUGCUUCUCCGAGUACUCUGCGCUCCUCCCACGUUCCCCCCAAAAAUACAUGCUGGGUUCAUUGAAGACUGCAAAUUGUCCUGAGGUGUGAAAGGUUGCGUCUCUCAUAUGUGCGCGGUGAUUGGCUGGCGACCAGUUGGGGGUGUGGCCCGCACCUGUGACCCGACUGAGGAUAAGCAGUGCGGAGAAGGAAAUGGAAUGGAACAAAUAUUCUCAUGUACUUUGUAAAUGGAGGUCAGUGAUUCUGGCCAGCCACACAAUCUGCGUGUUAUUAAUUCAUGAUUUGAUUCAAUUCUGGGUCGGCCGCAUUGUGACACGUCAAGCUAAAGACGAGCGCAAAACCACUCAGGUAACCUAGUUUUAGGAGUAAUUGAAAUGCUGAUUAUGUCACUCUUGUAUGUCUUUUUUUUUUUUUUUUUUUUUGUCUUAUGCAAGCCAAAACAAGACUUUAUGCAAUAUAUGGUCGCUUGUUGUGAUUUGAUCAUUAGUGGCAUUCGAGCCACGUCUCCAUUCAGAACAUUUCGUGUCAAGACAAUUCUCAGAAAAGUUCUCAUCUUCUUGCUAUUUUCGUGGACUGCUCCAUCUUUGGGCAUUUUGAACCUCAUUAUUGUAGCCUGACUUGGAUCGGGAACUGUUUGGCAGUUACGAAGGGAAAAAAAAUACAACGUAUUGUUCUACUCAGGAAAUUGACGCAGACACUUUCAAUGAGUCGUUUUUAUCUGUCGCCGUUCAUUUUCCUUUCCUUAGAGUUUGUGAACUCCUGCUAACAGCAGUAUAUGCUAAAAAUAGAUCCCCCCCCCCCCCCCUUCACCAAACAAUAGGUUUGCUCAAACAUGACACUAUAUUAAGUCUAUAUUUAUCUUGUCUACGUUUCACCAAAGAAAAGAAACGGAAAAGGAAAUGCUUCUUCAUCACUUCCUGUUGAUAACGAAUGUUGUUGCUUUCUGUUGCUUGUCUUCUCGCGCUAAAGCGAGGUACACCCAUAACGAUUUUUACCAUCUUGGCCGAUUGUGACAGAUCCGAUGCGAUGAGGAAAAAAAUGGCGAGUUCUCGCCGCUCUUACUGUGCGAGCUGUCGACAAGAUGGCCAACACGGCGGACCACACGCAUAGCCGUAAUUGCGAGUCUCCUCCCCCAAACUCGAGGUGUGUUGUAGUGCCGGGACUGACCCGUGAGGGGCGGCGUGGUGCCACAGUGGACCAAGACUGACAAACUGAAAAAUACAAAUUUCCCCAUUAGAAUCGACCGUUUUCCAAGCGAAUCUGGGAGCAAAAAUCCCUCUUAGCGCACCCCACACCGCUUGAUAAUCGCUCAAGAUCGUACCGUUGCUGACGUCAAUCGGAAGUGAGGAAUACGCUCACAUUUAGCCCGAUCAUCGACUGUAUCGUAACUCACACCAAACAUUUCGUUCUUGACUUUGAUUGAUUACAAUACUGAACUGAACUGAAGAAAAGAUGAAUGAGCUCAACAAUGUGAAGAGAAAACAAAUGUAUGUAACAAAUAUUACAAAACUAUUUUUGUGGCACAGCGCACAGAGAAGCAGACUGAACAUAAACCGAGUGAGCAAAAGAUGUCUUCGCUCUUGAGCUGACUUUAGGAGGGGGAGGGGGGGGGGGGGGGCGCCCGGUGCCUUGCUUAACAGCCACUUGACAGUGGUCAGGAUUCACACCAACAACUAUUGUAAGUUUUUCUUUGUCCCCGGGACGUGACACACCAGCGGCAGAAUCCGAGACCUUACAUAACAGAUGAGCGAAAGGAAUCGACCCAAUUAGGUCGGCGGUGCGGCUGCCUGCAGUCUGGAGGAACGUCUCCCCGUCAUCCCGCUGCUCUUGCGCCAUUGGCCGAGAGCUGCGAUGUCGCCGAGAGGGCCGCCCUAUAAAAAGGGGCCCUCUCCCUCACAUCGGUCAGACCAGCUGAGAGCGAUCCCGCUGGUGAACGGGCUCUCUUUUUUCAAACCCUCGGGAAAUAUCCACCACCGGCAUCUCGCCAUGUGCCGAGGACUCGAACUGCUGCCGAUCGCCUGCCUGGAGAGGGCCAAAGAGCUGAAAGCCCUGUUUGGGAGUUUGCUGCACAAGUCGGAUCACGGCAUCCCCGCGCGGCCCCACGAAACUGAGACUCAGCGUGUUGACGAGCGGCUAAAAUGGAAGGAGUCGUUUGAGGAAUUGCUGUCGAGUCAAAAUGGUUUGUGUCUAUUCAGAGCUUUUCUGGUGUCGGAAUUCAGUGAGGAAAAUAUCGCCUUCUACUUAGCGUGUGAAGACUACAGGACUACUAAGCCCUCGAAAAUGUCCGUAAAGGCCAAGCAAAUCUUCGAGGAGUUCAUCAGCACCGACGCACCCCGAGAGGUAAAUCUCGAUCACGUGACCAAAGCCAUCACCGGGGAGAACAUCGAGCAUCCCACCCAGUCGUGUUUUGAUCUGGCCCAGGCCAAAAUUUAUACUCUGAUGGAAAAGGACUGCUACCCUCGUUUCCUCAAGUCCUUGAGCCAGCAGAGCGGACAAGACCGGCUAAGCGACUUUAUCGAGAGCUGCGCAGCCGGCGGCCGGCAGAUGUGAUCCUGAAAUUUGUACGCUAUUGACGCCUAGCCGAAAGCGAUACGCGACAAAUACCCGAGCCGAGGGGGUCGCGCGCCAGGUUCGGCGGACUGGGGUCCCAGCUGAAGGACGGCGAGCUGUGAGGACGCACGCCGAGCCGCUCGCGAGAAGACGUUUGGCGUGAAGUCCUGACGGACACACUGCCGCUCCGCGUUGCUGUUCACACCACCGAUACAUCGCUGUAUUCAUUUAUUUAUUCUCUUUCAACUCAAUGUGUAUUUAAAACGGAACAAAUGGAAUAUUUGCUUUUUAGCUGUUUAGUGAAACUGUCUUUUUUUAUUGUGCAAAGUGAAAUGAAGUGCGCCAAACAAAGGGAGGCGUGACUGUUGCGUUGUUGUGAAGCCGUGUGCGGCCUCUCGAUUCCCACUCGACAAGCGCGUGGCCGACUGCCAAUGAACGGAAGAGAUUCGUGCAUCGACAUGUUACGAUGGCACUGAAAAUCGUCACGACUCUCGUGAGAAGACGGUGAACGAUACACCACGUUGACUCCUUAGAUGGUAACCGUGCGUGUGGAAGGUAAAGUAGAUGCCACUCGAGUUGUUCAGACAACGAGAGAACAAACAAGCGACAUGCAACGAUUGCUAAGUCAGUGCUUACGCGAGGCGUUUUCAACUGAGAACACGAAAGGAAACAAGUGUGCCGCCUUCGCCAGUUGUUUUCACAGCAAUGCCUUUCUUUUGUAACGAGGAAGCAGAAAUGUUUGAAAUGGGGAUUUCACUGUGAACAGGUAUCGUUUUGACAACAUUGCCACCUUUUUGGUUCAACUUCUCAACAAUAAAAUGGA